AAAAACCCGAACGCCGAAACAGGUAGCGGGUGUUGCCCUGUGUUGCCACUAGUUAGCUGGCCCUAUAAGUAUAGCUUAUUGCAAAUUAACUAUUUACGAAAAGUUCGAGUCACUGAUCUGUUCAUGCUAAUUUACCGGUCAAUUAGAGCAGGAACCCUAAUUCCCCGAACCCUAGGACUCACGUACUCAUCACCCACCAAUGGCUCCUACCAAGUCCGAGUCCGAUCCUACGGCAUCAGACACUUCCAUCCCCCUCUUCAAGUCUAUAGGUCUCUCCCAGGCCAAAGCAGCAGAAGCGGCAAAGAACGCCAAAAGCGCCAAUGUUCUUCGCAAUCUGAUUGUUUCAUACGAUCUUGCCGAAGCUCGCCUCGAUGAAAAGCAGGCCACCGUCAUAACCGCACUUGCUGGUCAGCUAGCUAAGACGGAAUCUGUAGAACCUGACGAACAAGCCUUCGCCAUCAGGGCAAUCUUGCAGGGCAAGCUCAAAUCCGUUGAUCAGGUCAAUGCUGCUGUCAAGUACCUAGAGAAAUUUAAAGCGCCUAUUAACGAGCUCGAGUUUGAUACAGAGUGUGGUGUCGGCUUCAGCAUUACUUCUGAAGAGCUCCAUGACGCAGUCACGAGUUACAUUCGCGAGAAUUCCGUUGCUGGCUGGCAUAACCUUGGUUCCGUCAUUAGUGGAGUUAAGGCCAGCCCAGCUCUUCGUUGGGUGAAUCCUCUGGAAGUUAAGAACGCCGUCGAGAAGGCGUUUACUGAAACAUUUGGUACGAAGGAGGCUGCGAAGCCGAAAGCUAAGGACCCCAAGAAAGAGAAGGCUGCGCAGCCAACAUCAACUGCAUCGGAGGCUGCUGCUGGCUCUAGUUCAUCCAAUAGAAAACCCGUUUUUGAAGAGGGAUUCUUGGGCGCUUUGCACAAGCCAGGAGAGAACCCUCAGAUCAGGCCCGAACUUCGUGAGCAGCACCUGCGCGCAACUGAUGGCCAAGUCUGGACACGUUUCCCACCGGAACCAAACGGUUAUCUACACAUUGGUCAUUCUAAGGCUAUCUUCGUGAACUUCGGUUAUGCAGCACACCAUGGAGGGAAGUGUUAUUUGCGCUUCGAUGAUACCAACCCGGAAAAAGAAGAGGCCAGAUAUUUCCAGAGCAUUAUCGAGGUUAUCCGAUGGCUGGGAUUCGAACCCUGGAAGAUAACUUACUCUAGUGACUACUUCGAUCAGCUAUAUGAUCUUGCUAUCGAGCUCAUAAAGCGCGACAAAGCUUAUGUCUGCCAUUGUACUCAGGAGCAAAUCAAAGCUGACAGGGGCGAGAAAAUAUCAGCUCCUAAAGCCUGCGUGCAUAGAUCAAGGCCAAUUCAAGAAUCACUGGAUGAGUUUCAAAAGAUGGCUGAUGGUUAUUAUCGACCCAAGGAAGCCAAUCUCCGGAUGAAGAUGGAUCUGACGGAUGGCAACCCUCAGAUGUGGGACCUCACGGCGUACCGUGUUUUGGAUGCAAGCCACCAUCGCACUUUGGAUAAAUGGAAGAUAUACCCCACCUACGAUUAUACACACUGCCUCGUGGACAGCUUCGAGAACAUUUCUCAUUCCCUCUGUACCACGGAAUUCAUUGCUUCACGCCAGUCAUAUGAGUGGCUCUGUGACGCCCUGGACGUGUACAAACCAAGGCAAUCCGAAUUUGGUCGUCUUAGUCUUCAAGGGACGAUCAAUUCGAAAAGAAAGAUUCUCCAGCUGGUAGAUGAAGGCUACGUUAGCGGAUGGGACGAUCCUCGUCUCUACACUCUCAUUGCCCUCAGAAGGCGAGGCGUACCUCCGGGCGCGAUUUUGUCAUUUGUCAGCACGUUGGGUGUCUCAACGGCUGCUUCAAACAUACAAAUUGCACGCUUUGAACAGACUGUGAGGCAAUACCUGGAAGGAAGUGCACCGCGUCUCUUCAUGGUCAUGCGUCCUCUCAAAGUCAUAAUUGAGAACGUACCCGACGACUACCUCGUAAUGGUGGACAAACCAUUCCAUCCCAAGAAUCCCCAGCUCGGAUCUUCACAAAUCCCAUUCACCCGCACGAUUUACAUCGACGCAGACGACUUCAGGCUGGAGGACUCAAAAGAUUACUUCCGCCUUGCUCCUGGAAAGAGUGUCGGUCUAUUCCAAGCACCCUACCCGAUUACAUGUACAUCGUACAAGACUGAUUCAGCCUCUGGUGAGGUGACAGAGGUAUUCUGUCGUCUCGAAGAUUCUGGUACCCCUCCGAAACCCAAGGCAUAUAUCCAGUGGGUCGCAGAACAUGCAUCUUCUGGAAGCCCUGUUUGCAUCGACGAGACAAGAAUAUUCCACCCUUUAUUCAAGAGUGAUAACCCCCUAGCGGCUACCCCUGAUUUCAAGGCUGAUAUCAACCCUAAUAGCAUGGAAGUCAUCAAGGGUGCCAUGGUGGAAGUCAGUUUCUGGCCGCUUGCAAAGCGGUGUGUCGCAGACGCCCUCGAGGAGGCUCGGGCGAGAUCAGCUAAAAUCAAAGCAAUCCCGGGUGCGGGCUCCCAUGACGCACACACUCCGGAAAUCACGCCAGAGCAGCUUGUCGGAAAGGAGUGUGUACGAUUCCAAGGUCUGCGUGUCGCGUACCUUGCAGUAGAUUCAGACUCUCGCUUGGGUGCUCUAGACGAACCCUCAGAUGUUACUCCUGGGAUUAGGCAAGGUGAUUAUUUGGUACUUAACCGCAUUGCGAGUUUGAAAGAAGAUGCUGGAAAGGGAAUAUGAACAGUCUUUAUAUAUGAUACGACAGGGCCAACUUUAUCAUUAGAGCUACAUAGCAGUCGGAUUUGGAAUAGCAUGUGCAACUAAU